AUGGGCAACUGUCAGUCUAAGGAAAUAUCGGGGGAAGUUUCACCUGAAGAGGACACAGAAGGUUGCAUUUCAUCUGAAGACCCACCUUCUUCACCGCCGAGCGAGAAGCACUUGACAGUCCACGGUAUCGAGAGUGUGGUCAGGGACCUGCACCCUGGCCAGUAUCCGCGGCUUGCUCCGGGUGGAAUCGCGUUCCAGGUUGGCGGGGGACCAGGCCAGAUUCCCGACAGGAUUGUCAACCGGCUGCGUCGAAAAGGCGGGGAUAAAACAAAGAUUGGAUUUCCACACAACGUACGUAUGCCUUUAAUCGAAAUUAAUCAAUCAUUUAUUAUAUAUUAUAGUGAACCCAGACACCAAAUCAACUCUUUCAUUUAG